GAGGAGCAGAGGCUGGACUGAAGGUCAAAAAAGCAGCUAUUCAUCCUGAGAGCUGAGGCACAAACGAGCACACGAUGGCCGGUGAACAACGCUUUGUAAUUAGUGCCCGCAUUAUCGGAGACGUGCACAGGGACACACCAAAACUCAAGAUGUUCAUGAUAUCAGUGUUAUGGUCUGACGAGGCUGAAGUUAUCGUCUACAGAUCCUUCAAGGAUUUCAAGAAAUUCCAUAGGCAGCUGAAAAACAGAAUCCCUCACAUGAGCCCUUUCAGUAAAAAUGACAGAGUGAUCCCCAAAUUUAGAGGGGAAAGCAGGAGGAGCAGCCUCCAGCAGAAAGGAUCCAAGCAAUCCAUCCAGCGCAUGAAGUUCCUGGAGAGCUACUGUGACAAACUGUUGAAAUGCGACCAAACUGUGACUCAGAGCUCAGAGGUCACACAGUUUUUCAUGCCCAAAGACCAUGACCUGCAGCCAGACUUCACCAAGAACAGCAUCAUGAUCAUGCUGUCUGAUGAUCUGCCUGAUGGCUCAGGUGGAGGAGAGGGGGAUGUGACUCGCCAGCAUGCGGGCAGCGUCACUCACCCAUUUGUCACCCAAACUUACCGCUGCGUGGCUGCUUACGAGACAAAGGAUACCAAGAAUCGUCCAUUUAAGGUCGCUGUGGACGAGAAGCUGGAUGUCCUGAUCAAAGACCCUGCAGGUUGGUGGUUGGUGGAGAGCGAGGAUAAGGUUUUGGCUUGGUUUCCUGCUCCCUACCUGGAGUUGUGGGAAGGAGAGGACGAUGAUGACGCUGAAUUCCAGCUUGCAGGUGCCCUGUACUGUGCCGUGAGAAGUUAUUUGACUAAGAAGGAAGACGAGGUGUCUGUGCCCAUUGGCUCUAUAGUGGAGGUGCUGAGGAAGUCUGACAACGGCUGGUGGCUCAUAAGAUUCAAUGGCAAGUUAGGUUACAUCCCCUCCAUGAACCUGCAACCAUACAACAACCCACGAGCAGGCCUUUACAGCCUGCAGAGAAAGCUGCACAGCUCCACUCUGAACCUUGCAACCAGCAGGGAACCUCAGGCUUCUCGUCCAUCCAGCAUCAACAAAGAAAACAGCCCACAACAGGGUUCUGCAGGUCAGUCCAGAGGAGAAUCCAGUGUGCCCGGGCGUCUCCACAAGGCCCGAUCUCUGGAUGUUCUUUCUGAGACCUGGUCGCAAACACAGAUGGAGAGGGACGCCUCAACUACAGACGGCCGUCCUCGCAGCAUAAGCAACACAAACGAAUCAAGCGACACAAGCACUGAGAUCAGCUUCUCCUCAAGCAGCGAAUCGUCCCCAAGUUUAAGAGAGGAAGAGCAGCGCGAGAGCCACAAGGGCAGUCCUGCAGCCUCACCCCAGUCUAGUGUCAGCCCCGAUCUCAGCCUCUCUGACCGCCCCGGCUCCAACACUAGCUCUGACAGCUCUGGAUCUGUCAGCUCCAAAGGCAGCGAGACGGCCUCAAUGGCUCCCAGGGUUCCACCCAGACCCAAAACCGAGGAGAUCCUGACCCGCUGCACCACCAUGACCCGCAAGGCAGCCCUGGCCACCAAGACCCGGCUUCAGAUUCAGCCAGAGUCCAUCCACAGCCGCUAG